UUGGUGGUCGUCGGCCUCAUGAGCGGACGGCAGAGGACGCUUUUCCAGACGUGGGGCUCGAGCCUUUCCCGGUCCGCUGGGGCUCCGGGCGGGAGCUCCCGCGCCGAGCGGCCUCAGGGCUCCGGCGGCCCCGAGCCGCACUUGCCUGCCGCGGCCGAGGCUCAGCCCGAGUCGGACGAUGACGUGCUGCUGGUGGCGGUGUACGAGGCCGAGCGGCAGCAGAGUCGGGAGCAUGGCGGCUUCUGCGCCGCCGCCGGCGCGCUGUGGAUUUACCCGACCAACUGCCCGGUGCGCGACUACCAGCUGCACAUCGCCCGCACCGCGCUCUUCUGCAACACGCUGGUGUGUCUGCCCACCGGGCUGGGGAAGACCUUCAUUGCCGCCGUCGUCAUGUACAAUUUCUACCGCUGGUUCCCUUCCGGCAAGGUGGUUUUUAUGGCCCCCACGAAACCCUUGGUGACACAGCAGAUCGAGGCUUGCUACCAGGUGAUGGGUAUCCCGCAGGCCCACAUGGCCGAAAUGACAGGUUCUACUCAAGCUUUCAGCAGGAAGGAGAUAUGGCGCAGUAAAAGAGUCCUUUUCCUUACACCGCAGGUUAUGAUCAAUGAUCUUACUAGAGGAGCUUGUCCUGCUGCUGAUAUAAAGUGUUUAGUCGUUGAUGAAGCUCAUAAGGCUCUUGGAAAUUAUGCAUAUUGCCAGGUUGUAAGGGAACUGGUCAAAUACACAAAUCACUUUAGAAUCUUGGCUCUUAGUGCCACACCAGGUAGUGAUAUAAAGGCUGUGCAGCAGGUUAUCACCAACCUACUAAUUGGGCAGAUAGAGCUUCGCUCGGAAGAUUCUCCUGAUAUUUUGCCGUAUUCUCACGAGAGACGAGUUGAAAAGCUUGUUGUUCCUCUUGGUGAAGAACUUGCAGCCAUUCAGAAGACAUAUAUCCAAAUUUUGGAAGCGUUUGCCAGUCCUCUGAUUCACAGGAAUAUUUUGAUGAGAAGGGAUAUCGCCAAUCUAACAAAAUACCAGCUAAUUCUGGCAAGAGAUCAGUUUAGGAAAAACCCUCCUCCACAUGUUGUGGGACUACAACAAGGCGUCGUUGAAGGAGAGUUUGCAGUUUGUAUUAGUUUAUAUCAUGGCUAUGAAUUAUUGCAGCAAAUGGGAAUGAGAUCAUUGUAUGUUUUCCUUUCUGGAAUUAUGGAUGGAACAAAAGGGAUGACACGGGCAAAAAAUGAACUGUGCAGGAACGAGGACUUCGUGAAACUCUACAGUCACCUGGAGUGCGUGUUUGCACGUACGUGCAGCACUUCAGCAGCCGAGACGUCUACUGUCCCCAGAGGAGAUAAAGAUACAAAAGUUUUCUAUAGUCAUCCAAAAUUAAAGAAAUUAGAAGAAGUUGUAGUUGAACACUUCAAGUCAUGGAAUGCUCAGAACACCGCUGGAAAGAAAUGUGAUGAGACCAGAGUUAUGAUCUUCUCUUCAUUUCGAGAUAGUGUUCAAGAAAUUGCAGAAAUGCUUUUAAGACAUAAGCCAAUUAUUAGAGUAAUGACUUUCGUUGGCCACGCUUCGGGGAAAGGCAUGAAAGGUUUCACCCAGAAGGAGCAACUGGAGGUAGUGAAGCGAUUUCGCGCUGGUGGGUACAACACACUGGUUUCCACCUGCGUGGGUGAGGAAGGUUUGGACAUAGGGGAAGUGGACCUCAUCGUAUGCUUCGAUGCCCAGAAGAGCCCAAUCCGACUGAUACAACGAAUGGGUAGAACCGGCCGUAAGCGCCAGGGCAGGAUUGUGGUGAUCCUUGCUGAAGGACGGGAGGAGCGUACUUAUAAUCAGAGUCAGUCCAACAAAAGAACUAUUUAUAAAGCCAUUUCAGGUAGCAGACAAGUCCUUCGUUUUUACCAAAGAAGCCCCCGCAUGGUUCCUGCUGGUGUCAGCCCAGAACUGCACAAGAUGUUCAUCACUCACGGCGCCUAUGAGCCCGAGAAGCCUGCCCGGAAUGGGAAGCGUAGGUCUUCUCUCCCUUCCUGCAGGAAUGUAGGAGUACUAGGAAUCAGGCCUGGGGUCUUUGCACUGAGAUCUGGAAAUGGCCUGAGAGAUGAUUCAACUCAAAACUUUUAGGCGUGAGGCCAAAUAACUCAAAUGAGGAUUGGUUCUUAACAGAAGAAGAAUUUAAAUUAUGGAACAGACUCUAUCGAUUAAGAAGCAG